AUGCUCAGACCCGCCCUGACGAGAUUAUGCAGCCUGCAAAGCCCAGUGGACAACCGUAACAAGGCAUGCAGCGAGCGGGCGUACAAGGAGCCGUCAAUUGAAGAUCACUGCCAGCCUUGGUUUACUGUAACUAGUUCAGCCACUGGAAGUCGCAGCUGGCAGUCGGGCUCUGCUGAAAGCAAGCUUCAGGCCCGUCUCCAGAGCUAG